CAGGAUUAUAUGCUUUUUUUACCCUUUCAUAUAUCAUGGGAUGGCUGAACUGCAUGUCAGGCACAGAGAAAUGUGCCUUGAUGUUGAUAACAUGUCUUAUGAGGAAUUAUUGGCAUUGGAGGAGCGAAUUGGAGAUGUCAGCACUGGAUUGAGCAAGGAUGUCAUUAUAAAGUCGAUGAAACAGCAAAUAUACAUGUCUGUUAUGGCGGAGUCUUCUACAGAUCUUGAGCCUUGUUGUAUCUGUCAGGAGGAUUAUACUGAAGGAGAGAGUGUUGGCUCGCUAGAUUGUGGACAUAAAUUUCACAGUAAUUGCAUUGGCUACACAAUAUGCGGCAGAAGCAACUCUUAGAAGGGUACAUGCAAAUCAAAAGGAUGAUAAUUCUCUCCCAAUUGACAGCAUCAUUGCUCUAUUUGAAGCUGAGAUAGAUUGAGAUUUGUCAGGAGGAAAACAAAAUCCUAGAGAAAACAUACCGUCAAAAGAUUUUGGAAGUUGAAAAGCUUAGCCAAACCAUUCAAGAACUCGAGGAAACCAUCUUAGCAAGCGGAGCCAUUGCUAAUGCCAUUCGUGAUUACCAACGGCGUAUUUUUGAGCUGCUAGUAGGCAUAUCUUGAACUCAUUUUCUCAUAUAAUAUCUGACUGGUUAGUAUGUGUAGUAACUUGGAGUUGCACCAUCAUGCUGGAGGAGAAAAAAACAUUGGAGAGGGAGCUAGCAAGGGCAAAAAUGGACCUGGUAUAGUUUUUGUAUUGUUCGGAUGAGGACUAUGAUGAUGAUGAAGGUG